GGUCACGUCAUAUCCCGUUCACCUUCGCAUCGGCAACCACGCCAGAGGCCGUUCCCAGCCACGAUAUAGUUAGACUCGCGCCUCCUCGGCUUUGCUGGCAUAUCCAUAGCAAUUAUUUUUUCCCUUGCCCAGAAACACCUUCCACAUCCCCCCCUCAGCAAGAGCAUUCCCCCGCGUCUGCUUGCCCCCACUCUGCGCUCAGGUAGUCUAACCACGCACAACACGGGCAAAGCUCUCGCACCACCGCCACGAUGAGUUCCCUCAAGAAAGCGCUUGAGAAGCUAAAGCCCGGGCACCACGGGUCGUCGGCCUCGGACGAUGAGAAGAGCAGCGGCGUCAAGUCUCCCACUUCCGUCAAUGGCCGCGCUCAGUCGCCUGCCGCAACGCCGCGCUCUUCCGUCACCCUAGGUCGCUCCCGACCAAGCGGCGAGCACAAACGUGGAGACGUUGCGUCUCCCACCGACAGCAGGACCAGCAUCGACCAGCCCCGCGGCUCCCUCAGCGGCAUCCUCCACCGCCGCACCGAGAGCCCGAACCGCACUGGCACCAACAAGUCCGGAUCCAGCCACCAGCGCUCCGGCUCUCUCUCCACCCACAGCCCCAUGCGAGCCGUCAAGGAGAAGCUGCACAUUGGUAACGACUCGAGCGACGAAGAUGCUCCCCUCAACCGCGAAGGUGAGCCCAUGUCUCGUGGCCAACUGCGCAAACACGAGAAGCAGGCACAGCAGGAGGAGCGUCACAAGCAGAACUUGGAGAAGGAACAAGAACUGGAGCGCAGGAGGAAGGAGAUGGAGCAACAAGCCCUGGCUGAGUUGACCCCGGAGCAGAGGUCCAAGUACGGUGUCAUCCACCCCAACUCCUACUCGGGAGAGUGGAAGCAUGAGCCCCGCCACAAGAUCCAGGACUUCUCUGCAAAGGAUGUCGGCAAGGAGGUUGUCUUCCGUGCCCGUAUCCACCACCUCAGGAAGAUGAGCUCCAAGUUCGUCUUCUUGAUGUUCCGCCAACAGCUCGCUACUAUCCAGGGUGUCCUCUUGGAGCACGCCGACAUCUCAAAAUACAUGCUGUACUGGGCUGAGCACUUGGACGCCGAGACCAUUGUCCUGGUCAAGGGUAUCCUGCAGGAGCCCAAGGCCAAGCAGGGCGAGGUUCUCGGUGCCACCAUUCACGACGUCGAGGUUUCCGUCCACGCCCUACAUGUCGAGGCUGCCGUCACAGACCACCUUCCCUUCAAUGUCAACGAGGCCGAGGUCUCGCAGGCUGAGGUUGAUGCUGAGCUAGCACAGGGAGACCAUAAGGAAGGCCACACGCGUGUCAAGAUUGCAGACCGUACACGCUUGAACAACCGCGUUAUUGAUUUGAGGACAACAGCAUCUCAGGGUAUCUUCCGCAUUCAGUCCGGUAUCUGCAGACUCUUCCGUAAUCAGCUCGACUCGGAGGGUUUCAUCGAGAUCCACACUCCCAAGCUGCAGGGUGGUGCCACUGAGUCGGGUGCCAGCGUGUUCAAGAUCGACUACUUCGGUCGUGGCGCGUUCCUUGCACAGAGUCCUCAAUUGGCCAAGCAAAUGGCCAUCUCCGCAGACUUUGGCAAGGUGUACGAGAUCGGUGCCGUCUUCCGUGCCGAAAACAGUAACACCUACCGUCAUUUGACCGAGUACACUGGUCUCGAUCUGGAGAUGCAGAUUGACGAGCACUACCACGAAGUCCUCCGUGUAUUGGACCGCACCUUCAAGGCCAUUUUCAAGGGCAUCUACGAGCAAUACCGUCCUGAGAUUGAGGUUAUCAAGAAACACUUUCCACACGAAGACCUUGUCUGGCUGGACCAGACACCUAUCAUUCCCUUCGCUGACGGUGUUCGUAUGCUAAACGAGUCUGGCUGGAGGGAUGACGAUGGCAACGAGCUUGACGUGAACGAGGAUCUAGGCACCAGAGAUGAGGUGCAACUUGGUCGUGUCAUCAAGCAGAAGCUUGGAACCGACUACUACAUCCUAGACAAGUUCCCAGCCAAUGCGCGCCCAUUCUACGCCAUGAACGAUCCCAACGAUCCUACUGUUACCAACUCUUUCGAUAUCUUCUGCAGAGGCCAGGAGAUUCUCAGUGGUGGUCAGCGUAUUCACGACUCUAACCUGCUCUUGGAGAAGAUGCGUAAGCUCAAGGUUGACCCCGGCUCCAUGGAGGAGUACAUCCAGGGCUUCCAGUGGGGAGCACCGCCCCACGGUGGUGGUGGUAUUGGUCUUGAGCGUAUUCUCAUGUUGAUGAUGAACCUCGGAAACAUCCGUCAUGCUUCUAUGUUCCCUCGCGACCCCAAGAGUUUACCGGAGCGGCCAGUCAUCAAGCAGCUGCGUCAUCCUGAGGCAAGCACUAUGCACCCUCCGUGGGAAGGCCAGGAUCGUGCUGUUGCCAAGAUCGAUCUACAGCCUAUCGAGAAGCUUAUCGCCAACUACGGUGAUGCCACAAACACCUCGUGGCUGGAGCCUCGCACAGAGAUCUGGCGCGACGAGAACACUGGUGCAGCUGUUGGCUUCGUACCUCAGGAUGGUUUCGCCAUUACUGUUGGUGACCCUCUUUGCCACGAGUCUCAAUAUCUCAAGACCAUGGCUGGUUACCUCAAGUACAUCAAGAAGGAGCGCAACCUCAAGCCGCUCUGGCUUCUUGUAGGAUCUGCCACAGAGGAGGUUCUCGCAACCAAGUUCAACUGGCGCACAUUCUCUGUUACUGGAGAGCAGCGUGUAGACCCAGUUCACAACCCUGCGGACAAGGACUCUGACGUUCAGCGCAAGAUCCGUCACGCAGAGAAGGAGGGUGUCAAGAUCAGUGACUACGCUCUCGGCUCACCACCACCGGCAGAUGUCAAGCAGAAGGUUGAUGCCCGUGUAUCAGACUGGUUGAACAACCGCAAGGGCAAGCAGGUCCAUCUGACCAACAUUCACCCAUGGCAGGAUGAGGAGCAUCGUCAAUAUCACAUUGCCUACACGCCUGAUGGUACCAUCGCUGCGUUCGUCGCAAUGGCCCAACUCUCACCUGAUCAUGGCUGGCAGGUCAAGUACUCGCUCGAUUUCCCCGGCGCACCGGGUGGUUCGAUUGAGUACAUCGUCACGCAUGCUCUCAAGCAAGUCGCCGCCAGUGGUGCGACCAGCGUCACCUUUGGUGGUGGUGCUAGCUCGAAGUUCAGUCCGGGACACAACGUCAAGGGCACUCGUGUCAAGGUGCUCAGCCGCGCAUACCACGCCAUCGCGACCGAGCUCAAGCUCACAAACAAGACUGAGUUCCGUGAGAAGCUAGGUGCAGUCGAUGACCCAAGCUACAUCUGUUACCCACCCCAUGGGCUGGGCCCUAUGGCGGUCAAGGCCAUCUUGAACUUCUUCUCAGACGAUGAUGACAACAACUAAGUAACGUGUUGGUGGAUGAUAUACACGCUAGGAUAACGAUACAUUGAUGGAUGGUCGAAGGCAUGAUACCACAAGGCGUUUUGCUGUACGAGUAGGCGGUACCUUUUACCUGUCUGACUCUUUUGAUGGGACAUUUGUAGCGGGAGGACGUUAAGGUAGAUAGCGUUGUUUCUUAAUGUAAUACCCCCAUGAAAAUGUUUUGUCUUCUCGAUCAAUGUGAGAUAUGCUUAUGAA